AUGGGUGGUAAAAAAGGUGAGACCAAAAAGACCGCUGAGAAGGGUGGCAAUGCCAAGAAGGGCAAGGAUGAGGUCAAGGGGGGAAAGAGCAAUGCCAAAGGAGGGAAGGAAGUGGCAAAGGGGAAAGGGAAGGAUGAGAAGAAGGGGAAGGAUGCCAAGAAGGGGAAGAAGGAGGUUCUCAGUGAGUCGGAGGAGGCCUCGGACUCUGAACUAACGAAGAGCAAUGCCGAGGAAGACAGUGAUGAGGAGAGUGAGAUGGUGGAGGAGGAGGAGGACGAAGAUGAGGACAGUGAGGAAGACCCUAAGAAAAAGAAAGGGAAGGAUAAAAAGGAGGCCUCCAAAGCCAUGGCUGGUGCCUCCCACCUGGUGAUGGGGCUGGCGGGCGAUGAUGCCAAGAAGAAGAAGGGGGCAAAGAAAGAGCAUGCCAAGGCUCAGCUGAAAGGGGCUACCAAGGCUAUGGCUGGUCUAGCUAGGAGGGAAGAGGAGCCGCCCAAGUCCAAAAUGAAGAAGAGCCUGAAGAGUGCAUCCAAGCUCUUCAUGGGCUUCAAGAGGCUAGGCCUGAAGCGCUCCAAGAAGGGCCAGUUCAAGAACACCUCCCGGUUUUUCUGGGGGCUGAAUAAAUACAGCACGAAGAAGAAGAUGAAGAAGAACAAGGCAGUGCUGAAAUCCACCUCCAACCUCAUGAUGCGCUUCAAGAGUAUAGGGAAGAAGAAGAAGAAGAAAGAGGAGGCCAGUGGCAACCCGAAAAAGCCCUCUUUCCUGCUGAUACGGCUGGGAUUGGGCGGCGAGAAACCUAAGGAGGAGGGUGGGUUCUUCAGCAGCCUCUUCCGCCGGAGGAGAACGAAAGAGAAAUUCAAACCCCGGGCUCAGAUCCUGAGCAAAGCUGCUGCCGCCACCAGCUGGCUGACAAGAAAGUUCCUGUCCAAACGGGCCAGGCUUACCUACAAUGAGAGGUCCAUGAAUGAAGCCUGGCUGUCUAGGAUUGGAGCUAAGAAACUCCCCUUCCCCUCAGAGGACGAGAUUCUGAGGCACCGAGCCAACAUGAAAAGGUUCUCUGGAGCCAGGAGGCUCUAUGGUCAAGGGGAAGAGGAAUAUGGCUACCAGCCAAAUUUUGAACAUGGCGGCCUUGUGAGGCAGCCCUCUGGGAGGUUCUCACAGCCCGGGCCAAGCGGGUAUGAGGGCCCUGCAGUCCCACUGGACUAUUACAACUGUUACCAGGAUGACAGCAGCUUUUACGACCCGCAGGCCCCAGCUCAGUAUGGCUACCCUGAGGAGGAAAGCUACCUCCAGGCACCAACUGACUAUGCAGACGGACAUGACUUUCAUAACAGAAGGGUAUCUGAUUAUGAGGACGACCCUGGAUAUGAUAGGGAAGAAGAAUAUGAGCUUUAUGAAGAGCCCAUGGACUACUACGAUGAUCCGCUGCAAAACCAGUCUGACUACUACGACUAUGAAGACCAGGAUUAUGAGUCACCUUCUGGCUAUUCACCAUAUGAACCCUAUGACCAAUAUAGGAGCGAUAUGGAUUACGAUGAAGAGCAAACAGGGCCAUACAGCUCUUUUGAAGACAGAUAUGGUCCUUCUGGAGGGCCCUACAACCUGAGGGUAGAUGAAAUGGGCUAUCUGGAUGAUUAUUCCCCUCAGCAUGAAAUCAGUUAUAGCGAAUACGAAUGGGACCCUCCAGCUCAGUCUUCCUAUAACCCUUAUGCGUAUCCCUUGGAUGAUAUAACGGAGAUGGAUGAGCCAGAGGAGUUGGCGGAUGAGAAUGGAGAUUAUCCUUUUAUGCUCCCUAAUUCUUCCUUCUUUGAGCAGCAGGGGAUCGAGGAAACGUUGCCUUCUAAACUGUCGUUAAACAGGAAGUUCAGGCUCUUCCCCAGGCCUCAGGUGAAGCUAUUUGGCAGAGACAAACUUGAUGUUCCCCUCCCUCCUUCUCCGCAUAUUUCCCUUGCCGGCGUAGAUCAAGAUGAGGAUGACUACGGUGAAUACGAGCCGCUGGCGCCUCCCUUUGCCCAGUUCAGUGUUGGGGAUCCCCAACCCUCAGUGACAUACGGCCGUGUUGGCCAGGAUCAUGGCAGCCGGCUUCCAAGGCCUCACUCUCCAAAGUCAAUGGGAAGCAGGUUCGACCCUGGUGGCCAGCAAGGCAAUGUCCAGGGGGCGCAUUUGCAAAGCUUCUCUCCGCGAGGAUGUGGGAGCCCCCUAGGACAGUUCUUACAAAGAUCCCUCACACAACCAAAACCCAUUUUAAAACACCGUGGGAGCGAGGUGAAGGGCAGGCCUCCCACGCCCUCUCCAGAAGCAUGCAGCAGGCCAGCAAAACUCCCUGCUGAGCAAGUUGAGAACGAGGACAUGUCAGGGGAGGACGGUGUGGGGAGGUACGCCGUUGUCAUGCCGCAGGUCCAGAGGCUGGGCACCUUCAGAAGGAUGUCCUACAUGCACAAGCAGCACUGGUCUAAGCAGCAGAUGGUGAAUGUCCGUGCAUCACCCAGCCCGUGGUCUUCUGAGAAACUGCUUCAUAACCCUCCCACUGAGAGCCUGAACAGGUGGUCGGGCCGGAGAGGAGACAGCACUGCUGGGUACCUGACCCACCGAUCCUCAGUGCAGAACCGGGGUGAUGGGAACCACUGGGAGCGUGGGAACACGGGCAAAAAACCGCCCUGGCACGAUAAGAUGCACUCCAUCCACAACCUGCCGUCCAGGAGCCCCCGAGAAGAGCCGAAGGAAGAUGGCGUGGAGGAUAUGACCCAGCUGCAGGACCUCCAGGAGGGGGCAGUGCUGCAGAACAUCAAGACGAGGUUUGACCGUGAGUUAAUCUAUACCUACAUAGGCAGCAUCUUAGUGUCCGUGAACCCCUACAAAAUGUACAACAUCUACGGGACGGAGCAGGUGCUGCAGUAUGAAGGAAGGGCGCUGGGAGAGAAUCCCCCGCACCUUUUUGCUAUUGCAAACGUCGCCUAUACCAAAAUGAUGGAUGCCAAACACAACCAGUGUAUUAUCAUCAGUGGCGAAAGUGGUUCAGGCAAAACGGAAGCCACCAAGCUGGUCCUGCGUUACCUGGCAGCGGUCAAUCAGAAACGCAACAUGAUGCAGCAGAUCCUCGAAGCGACCCCCCUGCUGGAAUCCUUCGGAAAUGCCAAAACAGUGAGGAACGACAACUCCAGCAGGUUUGGGAAAUUUGUGGAAAUCUUUCUGGAGGAAGGCUUGAUCUGUGGUGCCAUAACCUCACAGUACCUUCUUGAGAAAUCAAGGAUCGUGUUUCAGGCCAAAAACGAAAGGAACUAUCACAUAUUCUAUGAGAUGCUGGCUGGCCUUCCUGCUCAGCAGAAGCAGCAAUUCUGCCUUCAAGAUGCAGAAACUUACUAUUACCUGAACCAGGGGGGUAACUGCGAGAUUCCUGGCAAGAGUGAUGCUGAGGAUUUCCGGAGGUUGCUCAGUGCCAUGGAGAUCCUGAACUUCAGCACCGAGGACCAGAACAGCAUCUUCCGAAUUCUGUCUUCCAUCCUCCACCUGGGGAACGUCUACUUUGAAAAAUAUGAGACAGACUGCCAGGAGGUCGCAUCGGUGGUGAGUGCAAGAGAGAUCCGUGCGGUAGCCGAGCUGCUCCAGAUCUCUCCAGAGGGGCUGCAGAAGGCCAUCACGUUCAAAGUGACGGAAACGCUGAGGGAGAAGAUUUUCACCCCCCUAACUGUGGAAAGUGCCGUUGAUGCCAGAGAUGCCAUUGCCAAGAUCCUGUACUCCCUGCUCUUCAGCUGGCUCACGGACAGGAUUAACAAGCUGGUCUACCCUAAAAAGGAGGCGCUUUCCAUAGCCAUUCUGGAUAUCUAUGGGUUCGAGGACCUCAGCUUUAACAGCUUCGAGCAGCUAUGUAUCAAUUAUGCAAACGAAUAUCUGCAAUUCUUCUUCAACAAGAUCGUCUUUAAGGAGGAGCAGGAGGAGUACGUCCGGGAACAGAUAGAGUGGAAAGAAAUCACCUUCAGCGACAACCAGCCCUGCAUCGAUCUCAUUGCUCAAAAGCCACAUGGGAUUCUGAGGAUCCUGGAUGAUCAGAGCUCCUUCCCUCAGGCCACCGACCAUACCUUCCUCCAGAAGUGUCAUUACCACCACGGCUCCAAUGCAUUAUACACCAAACCAAAGAUGCCUCUCCCAGAGUUCACCAUCAAACACUUUGCUGGCAAAGUAACCUACCAGGUGCACAAGUUCCUGGAUAAAAACUAUGAUCAAGUUCGCCAGGACGUGCUGGACCUUUUUGUCAACAGCAAAACCAAAGUGGUGGCCAACCUCUUCUUCGGCCAUGCCCAGUUGGUGGCCCAGCAGAGGACCAUGAUGGGGAAGAACAGCACAGUCACCCGGCGGUAUAAAGCACCGACGGUGGCAGCUAAAUUCCAGCAGUCACUCCUGGACUUGGUGGAGAAGAUGGAGAGGUGCAACCCGUUCUUCGUCCGCUGCCUCAAACCCAACAACAAGAAGGAGCCCGCUGUCUUCGAGGCGGACAUUGUCAGCAGCCAGCUCCGGUACUCUGGAAUCCUCGAGACCAUCCGCAUCCGCAAAGAGGGCUUCCCGGUUCGCAUCCCCUUCCAGAUCUUCAUCGACAGGUACAGGUGCCUCAUAGACAUCCGGCCUGGCAUCACCCCCGAUGGUGUGAGCUGCGUGGAGGUGCUGAAGAAGCUAUGUGCUGUGAGUCCCACCAUGUACUGCAUUGGAGUCAGCAAGCUGUUCAUGAAGGAGCACCUGUACCAGCUGCUGGAGAGCAAGCGGGACCGUGCCCUGCACCGGGCAGCGCUCACCCUGCAGCACUACGCCCGCGCCUUCUUCAUCAAGAAACGCUUCCGCUCGCUGCGCCGCAAGAUCGUCCUCCUCCAAAGCCAGUCCCGGGGCUACCUGGCCAGGCAGAGGUACAAGCGGCUGAGGAAGAGUCUGAUCAAAUUCAGGUCCCUGGUGCACAUGUACGUGAAUCGCAGGAGGUACCUCAAGGUGAGAGCAAGCGGCUGGAGAGCAUGGACGGCGACGGGUGUCUCUGUGCUCUGCUCUCAGGAGCUGACCAAGAGGGAGGUGGUGGAUGUAACGCACCUGGAAGUCCCCGCUGAGUUGGCGGGGCUGCUGGAGCUGGCGGCAGCUCACAAGCCGGUGAAUGCUCAGUGCGUCGUUCUGGUCCCUGCGCCCAAACUGCAAACGGACUCCCGGCUCACCCUGCCACUCGACAUCAACAACUACCCCAUGGCCAAGUAUGUGCGGGUCCACUUCCAGGAGCCGUUGUUCGGGAUGCUCACCGCGCCACUGGCGUCCCCGCUGACCCAGCUGGAGGAGGAGCUGGUGCAGGAAGCGCUCAGUCUGUUCAAACUGAUUCUGCGCUUCAUGGGCGACCCGCACCUCGGCGGCACCCCGGAGAGCCUGUUUGGGAACUACAUCGUGCAGAAGGGGCUCUGGGCGCCGGGCCUGCGGGACGAGAUCCUGGCUCAGAUCGCUAACCAGGUGUGGCGCAACACCAACGUCAACAACGAGGAGCGGGGCUGGCUCCUCCUGGCCGCCUGCCUCAGUGGCUUUGCCCCCUCUGCCGGCCUGGAGAAACACCUGCUCAAGUUUGUUUCCGACUACGCCUUUGAUGGCUACAAGCCGGUGUGCCAGCACAAGCUGAUGCAGGCCAUGCUGAGGUCCCAGCUUGGCCCUGAGGCGGCCCGGGCCUACCCACCGUCGCUGCUUGAGUGGACAGCCAACAGGCAGAGAGCAAGCAUGGCCUUGGACGUCUACUGCUUCAACGGUGACUACUUCUCCUGCCCCAUCCAUUCCUGGAGCACAGGGGAGGAGCUGGCAGGGGACGUGCUGAAGCACAGGGGGCUGACGGAAGGCUGGAGGGGCUGGUCCAUCUCCAUGAAGGAUGGCGCCCAGUGGGCCGAGCUGGCUGGCCACGAUUACAUCCUGGACCUCAUUUCCGACCUGGAGCUGCCCAGGGGCUUCCCCAAGCAGAAAUCUUAUUUCAUCGUCGCUUCAGAGGGGGUGGACAAGGGCAGCAGCACCGCCAGCACGGUGGAGAUUAAACAGCUGUUCCCUCUUUAUGCCUCCCCCCCGUUUUUUCUCUGUAGAGUAUUCGGACAAGGCUUGGAUUCGGACGAGGAAGUCCCGGCUCCCCCACUCACAAAGGCCCCCACUCUGCCGCCUCCAAACACCCCUGACUCAGAUGGAUAUUACAGUCGUGCAGAUUCCGACACCGUCAGCGAAGCUCGAACACACAAGGGGUUGGAUCGUUACCUGGACAGUCUGUUUGACCCGGUCCUGUCCUAUGGGAAUGGGGACUUGGAGAAGCCGGCUGCUGUCUCCCGGAAGAUGAAAGGAGGAGGCCGAGUAGGAGGUGGGGGCAGCAAUGUGGACCAAGGCAGUGCCAGAGCACCCAUGGAGAUGCCCCAGCAGACUGGUUUGCAGGAGCCCAGCUUGGUGCCUCAGCGCGACCACAUCAAGCAGCAGGCCCUGCUCCGGGUCAGUGGGGCCGGGGACUUGGGGGGCACAGCUUGUCAGAUCACCAGGCAGGCGACGGCUCUGCAGCAGCAGCAGGUGGACGGCACAGUCUCCCCCAACGCCUCCCAAGCCACCAGCCCCAGACCUGCCGACCGAGCCCCCAGCACAGUCCAGAGCGCGCCCGGCACGGCACUGCCGCCGCAGAGGACAGCUGUGAGCGGGACACCAGCCAGGACGGCGGCCUUCUUGCAGAAAGCCGCUCCUGCCUCCAGGCUGCGGGCCGGCGAGCUGGUGCGGCCGGCCAAGCUGAGCUCGCAGCACUUCCCCGAGCCCACACAGCACAUUAAGAACAUCAUUAAGCAGUGCCAGCGGCCCGCCAGGCUCCCCGAGCCCAUCAGGAAGGAAGGUGGGAAGGUCUUUGUGAAGAAGAUGGAUCCCCAUGAGGAGGCCAUGAUGAUCUUAAAGGGGCAGAUGUCAGUGGGGCCGGGCCCCCCAACAGCCGCUCCGGUGGCCAAGGAAGCAGUAGCUCUGGUGAAGCCUGUUACCAGCACCAAGAGGCCUUCGCCGCCAUCACCAGCCGCCGUUCCCUCACCGGCUGCCACGGCCAGGUCUUCUCCAGUGUCGCCUCCAGUCACAGUCUCCCGGGAGCUCCCGGCCGAGCGCGAGCAGGUCCAGACGCAGCUGCACCGGUGCUGCAGCGAGGAGUUCUACGCCUACCGCAACGUGUCCUGGAAGAUAUACAUCCGGAAAGAGGUGUUCUAUCCAAAGGAUAACUUCAACAACCCUUUGUUGCUGGAUCUCAUUUUCAGACAGAUCUUCCACGACACGCUCUCUGACGCCUGCCUCAGGAUCACCCCGGAGGAGCGGCUGCGCAUGAGAUCCCUCUUCGCGGAAAACAAGCUGGACUCAUUCAGCCCGGUGGCCGAUGACAGCGUUAAGAAGGAGAUUGUGAUUGCAGCCCGGGACGGCUGGGAGGUUUACUUCGCACGCCUCUUCCCCGCCACGGGCAGCGUUGGCACGGGGGUGCAGAUCCUGGCAGUGUCCCACACGGGGAUUAAACUGCUGCGGCUGGUCAAGGGCACCAACGUGCCGGGGGAGCAGCUACGUGUGCUGCGGGGCUACAGCUACACCGAUAUCCUGUUCGUGACCAUCCCCUCCAAGCAGAUGCUGGAGUUCAACCUGACCAACGAGAAGCUCAUCCUCUUCUCCCCCAAAGCCCCCCAGGUGAAGGCCAUGAUCGACUAUUUCAUCACGGAGCUCAAGAAGGACUCGCAGUACGUGGUUGCCGUGAAGAGCUACGUUACAGAUGACAGGAGCCUGUUGAGUUUCCACAAGGGGGACAUCAUCCACCUGCAGCCGCUGGAGCAGCCUGAAAGAGACCACUGGCACGGAUGUGUGGUCCGCAAGAAGGUGACGUACCUGGAGGAGCUGAAGAGGGGCACCCAGGACUUUGGGUGGAAAUUCGGUGCCAUCCAUGGGAGGUCGGGGCGCUUCCCCGCCGAGUACGUCCAGCCUGUGGCAGCCCCAGAUUUUAUCCACCUGCCAGCGGACAGGAAGGAGGAGCCCAAGAACAAGCAGGGCAAGGUGGCAGCCUCGGCGGCCGUGGCAGUGGCCGUGGCCUCCACGGCCGUGGCUCAGAAGCUGGACAGGAAGAUCGAGGUGUCCCCUGUGGGCAGCGACUAUGCGGAGAGCGUGGAGGAGUAUGGCGGCGAGCUUCCUGGGGACAGUGCCCUGCAGGGCGGGCAGUUCCCCAUGCAGGAGUUUGCAAAGAAGUAUUUCCGGGAGGCGCAGAGGACGAAGACGGAUUCCUGCAAGCAGAAAUCCCGGAAAGGGAAGGACUCGCCGGACGUAGCGGAGAUGCUGAAAUUCACCAAGUGCCCGCUCCAGGAGUCGCUGAUCGAAUUCCCUGACAGCUGCCUGAACAGAGCCGCAGCCGAGGCCUUCCAAGCCGUGAUGAAGUUCAUGGGCGACUGGCCUCUCAAGGGGCAGACGGAGCUGGACGUCGUCUGUGCUGUGCUCAAGCUGUGCGCUGACCAGGAGGUCAUGAGGGAUGAAGUGUAUUGCCAGAUCGUCAAGCAGACCACGGACAACACCAGCCCCAAGAUGGACAGCUGUCAGAAGGGAUGGCGGUUGCUCUAUAUCCUGACCGCCUACUACAAGUGCUCUGAGGUCCUGAAGCCCUACCUGCUGUGGCACCUCCAGGAGACCUGCAGGAGCCCGGGGGCGCAGUUCCAAGGGAUCGCAAAGGCCUGCGAGCAGAACCUCAGGAAGACCUUCCAGUUUGGUGGCCGGCGCGAAUUUCCCAGCAGCAUGGAGCUCAAAGCCAUGGUGGCCGGCCGGAGCGCCAAACGCCAGCUGUUUCUCCUGCCGGGAGGGAUCGAGAGGCACCUGAAGAUCAAAACGUGCUCGGUUGCGCUGGACGUGAUCGAGGAGAUGUGCUAUGAAAUGGGGCUGCAUCGGCCCGAGGCCUUUGACGAAUACGUCAUCUUCGCUGUUACCAACGGAGGUCAGAAUGUCCGCCCCGUCAGCAGACGGGAGUAUAUCCUUGACGUGGCCACGGAGAUGGAGCAAGUGGACAACAGCUACAUGUUCUGGUACCGGCGCGUCAUCUGGACCCAGCCGCUGAAAUUUGACAACGAGCUGUAUGUCACCAUGCAUUAUAACCAGGUCCUGCCCGAUUAUCUCAAGGGGCUUUUCAACAUCCUACCUCCCCUGCAACCCAGCGAACAGCAGUGCCAGCAGGUCUCCAAACUGGCAGCCCUCCAGCACCGGGCCAAGGACAGCAUGUACCUGCCCACCGUCCACGAGGUGCAGGGUUACGUCCCGCCCCAGUUCUGCCGAGCGCUGAAGGCUCAGUCGUGGCUCAACCUGGUGCUGCAGCGUAUGCCACAGGUCCAGGCCCUGAGCGCCCAUCAGGCCAGAGCUCAGUUCCUAGGGCUCCUGAGCGCCUUCCCCACGUUCGGCUCUUCCUUCUUCUACAUCCAGAGCUGCAGUAACAACACCAUCGUCUCGCCGUGCAUCCUGGCCGUCAACCAGAACGGCCUCCACUUCCUCAACAAGGACACCCACGAGCUGAUUGUGAAGUUCUCGCUGAAGGAGAUUCAGUCCACGAGGACCCAGCGGCCCACGGCCGGCUCCAGCUACCCCUACGUGGAGAUCGUGCUGGGAGACUUGAUGUCACAGAGGAUGACGCAGCUGCAGCUGGAGCAGGGCCUAGAGUUGUGCCGCGUGAUCGCCACCCACAUGGAGAGUCUGUUGUACGCUCGCGAGAAGAGACUCACCCUCCCUCCCAGUGAGAUUACGUUGCUCUGAUCAGGCAUGUUACACACACGCACACUCGCACACUCCCUCCCUAACAGCUACUUGAGUGAAAGCCAGCACGGAGAUAAGCAAAUAUCUCUGUGUCCUGGGAGAGGCAACAUAGACUAAAUAUAGACACUGAUGGGACAGAUUCCCAGCUGGUUCGAGUUAGCAUAGCCCCACUGAUUUCAGUGGCCUGGGGCUGCUGAGGGGCUGGGAUGGGGGACUUACAGACCAUAUGUGAGGUCUGAGGAGUGCAGAGUGUGGGGAAUGCAGUCUGGCCAGUUAACAGGUGAACACAGAUGCCUUAAUUUAUGUUUAAUAACUGCCCUCCUGGACAUAGGGCGUGACCUUUUUCCAGAAUCAAAUGUAUUUAAUCCAUUAUUUUAGUAGCAACAUAUUAACAGAUUGUCUUUGAGCAGGACAUGCCCAGUUUUGCACAUCUGCCUGUACCAAGGACCUGGCAAUCCAACUGCUCGCGUGAUGCAUACACCAGAUGGCUUUUAUUUGUGUUCGCUCCCGGUUUUUUGGUCUUGUUUGUCCUGUGAUCUAAUUCUCAUUUUUAUAAGUGUCAUUGGCGCCUGUAUUUGUAUACUGGUCUGUAGCGCUGGCCCUGUAAAUGGCUUCCCGUUUUUGUAACUUUUUUGCACUCAACGUUGCUUUGAGAUUUUAUUUUUGUUUCUAAUU